UUAAGGGCGUCAAACCGUCAAAUAUGAGACUGAGUGUGCAUGUGCACAUAGUGAAGUGUUUACGGUGUUUGGUACAUUGUGUUUUUGUUAUUGUGUGAAACGCAAUAAUGGAGUGGGAUGAUGUUUUAUACGUAUCGUUUCUUUUAUUCAGUAUUUUAUUUGGUCAUGUAAUUCGGACUAUUAGGAGCAGAGACAAAAAGAAAUACAUCGCCACAUUUGUUGGACUACUUGUCGUUUACGCCGUAUCCGGCGUACAUAUUUUGCACCCUCUGCUUUCUACGUUGGUCAGUACGAUGAUUAUCACUCGUGGAAAUCAUAGAUCAAGCCAUUUAAUCAAUCUCGCAUUUUUAUUUGGCUACCUGUUGUUUUUUCGAAAUACCAUUUAUUUUGGAAUACCAUACCCACCACCACAUGCAAACCUUGUGCAGAUGAUUCUUACACUCAAGCUUUCUGGCUUGGCUUUUGAAAAGAAUGAUUCCGAAAGUAAGAACGUGUCAGAAAAGUCCAGCGAUAAGCUAGAACUCCAACAGCAAGAAGAAAUUAAUUAUGAUGGAUUGGAAAUAUUUCAUUAUGCUUUUUGUUAUGUUGGUGUUCUCACAGGUCCUUAUUACAGAUAUCGUACAUAUCGGGACUGGCUACAGUGCUCUUUUGCUGAGUUUGCACCUUGCAUUCAGGCAACAAUCCAAAAGCUUAAAUAUGUGCCAUUGUAUGCAGGCUUAUUUCUUCUUGCCUCAUACCUGUAUCCAAUUCAGUACAUGGAGUCAGAAGAAUUUUACAAAGAGAGAUCUAUUUUCUACCGUAUAUGGUACCUGACUCCUACGUUCUUCAUAUUUCGCAUGAGACUGUACACUGGCAUGGUACUGUCUGAAUGUGUCUGUACUAUGGCUGGAUUUGGGGCCUAUCCUGCUUCAGCUGAAUCUCGAAGAGGUCAUGGACCAACAAAAGCAUACAUAGAUGUGUGUGUUAACUCUGGAAAUGGAAAGAGAGAAUCCUAUGAUUUUGAAACAAUCCAUAAUGUUGAUCCUUUCUUAAGUGACUUUGUUCCAACUACUCGUGCUGCAAUGAAGCACUGGAAUUCUUGUGUACAGUAUUGGUUGGCUGUCUAUGUCUACAAAAGACUACCAUUUAAAAAGCUGCGGACUCUGAUAACUAUGGCUGUGUCAGCCUACUGGCAUGGCGUCCAUGCAGGCUACUAUUUGUGCAUGUGCACAGUUCCAUUCUACUUGCCUGUUGAAGACCUGUAUGUUCGACUUUUCCGGAAAGAUGCCAAAGGAAAUGAGGCAAAAGUGUGGGACAUUAUCCUGUGGUUCUUCAAGAUGCAAGAAUUUGGAUACAUGACAACUGCAUUUCUACUGCUUCGCUUGGACAAGACCUUACACUAUUGGAAAUCCAUAUAUUUCAUUGGGCAUCUCAUUGCUGCAGUGCUGUACCUUGUCGGCAUAUCUAUCGAAUACUGUGUUCAUAAGAAAAAGAAAGAACACUGAUUACAUAUCAUGUUUUCAUGAUGCCUCUAUUUUCUCUCUUAUACAUCUUUUGUAGCUUGAGAGACCUCUGUUAGUAAUAUGUAAUGUGUCUCAAUUUGUGAUGUUUUGGGAAUGGUAUUGUGUAUAAUUCUAUUAUGGCUGCAACCCAAUCCUGUGAAGCAAGCAACUAAAUUUUAUAACGAUCAUAAGAGGGUUGUGACAGUGGAUAAUAUACUUUUCAGGCUCAGGGAGUGAGGUAUAAUCAUGCAUAACAAGGCAAAGAAGGGGAAUAUGCUACUGGAGAAGUACUACAUUUCCUAAAAUAAAUUUAAUUUCUAAGCAUUAUAUUUAUGUUAAUCAGAAAAAUAGUGAUAAAUGGUAUGACAAAUCAGAGUUAAAAUGUUAAUCAUUAAGUGAUUGAUUAGGAGAAAGUGCCAACAGUAAGAGAGCUUAAUUUUUCCUCUAAUACUAAAAUAUUUAUUUAAAGUAAUUGGACUGAUAAAAAAAAUCUACUUGCCACUGGCACCUUCUGGCAGAAGGGUUGAGCGGAAGAAGAUGGGAUGAAAGGAAAGGACAGGUGAGGUUUAGAAAAUUGACACAGUUUUGAAAAGUUACCCUGAACCCUGAUUCAGGGGAGACUUACCAGGUCAGAUGAGACAAAAAGAUUGAUUGUUGGCGACUGCAGCAGAAGAGAUUUGAAAACCUGAAAGCUUAAAGAUGGAAGAUAGACAGAGAUUAUUGACAAAGAGUUAAGGAAAGCCGACUGCAUUGUAUGUGAUAGAGGUGGAGGACAGGGGAAAAUAAACAGAUCAGAAAAUAAAAGAAAUAGCAAAACAUACAAGGGAUGAAGAAAGGAAUAGUUACUGAGAAGACCAAAGAAAUUAAUAGAAAUUAAGGCUGGGUGGGUGACAAGAACCAAGAGCAUGUUGUAAUGUGAGUUCCCACCUUUGGAGUUAUGAGAAAUUCAUGUCGGGGGAAGAAUCGGGUUGGCACAUGUGGUGAAACAGGCACUGAGGUCAUGUCUGUCAUGUUGUAGAGCAUACCCUGAAACAAGAUAUUGUGUGUUGGCAGCAUACACCCUCUGUGUAUGUCCAGUCAUCCAAACUGAUAACUUGGUGGCAGUCAUACCAAUGGUAAAUGCUGGACAGUAUUUAUGUAAUAGCUGGUACACAAUGUGUUGCUUCACAGGUGGCUCUUACUUUGAUAGUAUAUAUUUUGCCAGCUAUAGGACUGGUAUUGGUGGUGGCAGGAGGGAGCAUAGGGCAAGUCUUACAGUGAGGGUGGUCUCAGGAAUAGGAACCAUAGGAAAGGGAAAUGGGUACAGAAAGAGCAUUGGUGUGACAAGGAUAUUGCAUAGACUUUUUUUUUUUUGAAGGAGGGGGGGG